AUGUAUGGACACUUGUUAGAUAUCUGUUUGUACGAUUUACCACCUUCUAGCAUUACGAUGCUUGAUAAUUAUGGAAAUUUGGCAAUAUCAGGCUCCGAUGGAUAUGCAAUGAAGACAAUUUUAAAAGCCAUGAAUGCAACUUAUCGUUUAACAUUUGAAGAUGGAAAACACGAAAGUCGCUUGGUUGCAUCAAGAAACAACUUAAUAAAUCACAGAUGUGAUGUUUUAUUUACAUCCCAGUACUUUGUUGACAAUUCAAAACCAGACUUGCAAUAUAUAUACCCACUCCAGGUAGAUUCCUGGUGUAUAAUGGUGCCUAAAUCUGGGAAAAGGAGUGAUAUAAAUAGGUUUAUAAAACCGUUUGCCAGUGGUGUUUGGUUCACAACAGUAGUUUUUAUUGUGUUGAUAAUAACAGCCUGGUAUUGGUUUUUCAAGUUUCAUGAUGAAGUUCACAGAGCAGAUGAUGAAAAUUCUACAUUAUUAAUUCUAUGCGGACUUUUCCUGAAUUAUUGCAUUCAUAUAAAGUGGCGCGAUGUCGGAAACAGUGCUAGAUUUUUAAUGAUGGCAGUGACGAUUUAUAGUUUCUUUCUAACGAAUUCUUAUUUGGGUUUAUUAUUUGGUAGUUUGAUGACACCUAUUUAUAAUGAAGAUAUGCACACAUUAAACGACGUUAACAAAUCGGGUUUGAGAGUAAUAGUUCAUGACGAAGAACUUCAGAAAUGGGCUGAGCAAGGUUUGAACAACGCCGAUUUAAGUCGAAUGUUUUUACCAGAAUCCAAUAUGAGUAAAAUAUUAGAAAUGAGGGAUAAUAAUAAUAUACAUUAUGCUUAUGCAGUGAGAUAUCGAUAUGCAAGUUUUUUAUUAGCACGAGAAGUACAUACAGAACAUGGCAGGCCUAUUUAUCAUAUAGUCGAAGAAUGUUUUCUUCCUACAUUUGUCAGCUAUGUGGUUACUAUUGAUUUUCCUUAUGCUAGAAGGAUUGAAUACUAUCAGAGUUUGCUAAAACAAGCUGGAUUGUAUGAACAUUGGUCUGUAGUUAGUUUAUUCGAUUAUAAUCAAAUGACAGCUUCAGCUUCAGCUAAAAUCGAAGAGAAAGAUCCAUUUGAUUUACUAAGAUUGACGACGGCUCAUUUGGAAGCAAUUUUUUAUGUUUGGAUAUUUGGCAUUUGUAUUAGUUGUCUUAUGUUCCUUCUAGAACGAACUAGUAUACGGAGGAGUUGA